AUGUUCUCAUACUUCUAAGAUUAUUGGUGUGAUGUUUAUAAAUUAUUUAUUAUAAAGACUUAAUUAUUUUAUCAUUUUUUAUAUGAAAAAUAAUUGUGGGAGUUACAAAACUUGUUUGUUAAUUUUGUGUGUAUUUAAGGAAAUAAAAAUGAUUUAGCAGCUUAAUAUUAAAAAGAAAUUGAAUAUGAUUUUUUGUCUUUUGUCAUAAGUAUUUGGAGUUAAAGUAUGAAAUCAUUAAAAACCUAGCAUACUAAUAUAGAGUUAUUAAUUAACAGAAGUAUUCUUGAAUUAAAAUUUGAAAAAACUUAAUAUCAAAUGAAGUCAACACCAACCCUAUCCCUUCGAGGAGGAGGAUGUAUAGGAUCAAAAGCAAAGACAACAAUUCAAAUGUAAAACAAAAUUCCUAUGAAUUACCUAUUAAAAAUGAAAAUAAAUAGUCAAUUGCUUGUUGAUAAAUGUGAUUAACUCUUAGACAAUUUUUCUAGGAAUGAAAUAAUGAUGUCAUUAUAAUGGUUUUCUGAUAAUCGAUAUUGGAUUUGUGAAAUUUGUAAAAAUGACAAUUUGAUUUUAAUGCUAUAUGAUUUAGCAUUAAAUUAAUUUAGACAGCUUAUUUCAGUGAUAUCAGUUUAUUUAAGAGGAUCAGGUUGUCUUUGUUAUUAUGUUUUGGAAGUUUGUAAUGAUUUAUUAUUGAUAAUUUAUACAUAUUAGCUAAAUGAUGAAAAGCGCUUUCUUUUGUUUGAAGUACAUGGCGAAUUAUUAUCAAUGAUCGAUAUUAUCAAGCAAGAUCUUGAAGUUCAUAAAAAUUUUUGGACAAAUGGACUAGAGUUUUAGAUAACUCUAAUAAAAACAGUGUUAAUAAAUAGUAGGAAAAAUUCUAAGGAACAAUAGGAUAAAUUAAUAUCAAUUGCAUCCUCUGCAUUCUCUUCUUUAUUAUCACUUUCAAUAAGUGAAGAUUUUACAAGUGCUUUAUUUGAUUUUGCAAAAUAUUUGCUGAUUGAAAAAUACAAUAAAUUUUCGUAUCCUAUUCAAACAUAUCAAAUAUAUUACUUCUUCUUUCUGUUAAAGUGGAAUAUCAUAAAAAAUAUUCAAGAAAAGAAUGUAGUAAAUAAAUAAAUUGCAAAUCUUUAGUUAGGAUAUGAAUAAUAUGUGUAGAAUUCAGAUAAUUGGAUAGUACACUUUUGUUGGAUAAAUGCUAUGUCAGAUUUGAUUUCAUAUAGGUAAAUUAUAUCAAAAGCCAUCUUCUUAAAAAAUUAAGAUGAUAUGAAACAAAAAUAGUUAUGGAAUUAAUUAAUAUAACAAAAUAUUAUUAAAGUAUUACCUUAUGAUAAAUUACUUGGGAAAGUAAAUAAUAGUUGUUCCUUUAAGCCUAUUGAUUAUGAAACAGAAAAAAUUUUAAAUGGAUUAGGUUUGAAAAAGAUGAAAUUUUUUUAAACUGUUAUUUUAAACCAAAAAUUUGCUAAUAAAUAAAAUUUCUUUCAAUUCUAUGUAGAUUUUACAUUUUAAAAACUAAAAAAACCAGAAGAAAAAAACAAUCUAUCAACAAGAUUUGAAUUAUUUGGUGUUGAUAAAUAAAUGAAGAAACUUUAACGUUUAUAUCAAUUAUUAAAAGAGAUGAAAGAAAAGGUCUCAGAAUAUAUAUUGAAAGUUAAGUUGAAUCAUUCCAAUUACCUCCCUAAGAUGUUGAGACAAAAAAUAACUCAAAUAAGUAUGAUCCAUUUUUAGAUAGAGAAGAAGGAGUUCAAUAAUUAGACAUUAGUCUUUUCAAACUUUCAUAUUUGCUGAAUGAAGUUGAUUUUACUAUGAUUAUAGAGAAAAAGAGAAUAGAAAUCUGCUAAGAAUAAGUUAAAUUGCAUGAAAACUAAAAUCAAAAAGAAAAACAAAAUUAGAAUAAAAAAGAUUAAAAUAAAUUCGGAGGUUAAUAAAAAUAGCUUGAAAAUAUUUAUAAUGAGUGGAUCAAAUUAGAUUUUCCAAAUAAAUACAUUUAAAUUUUUGAUCUCAUUACAAAACUAAGAGGAUUUCACUUCAAUUAAUCUAAAAUUGAAAAAAACAGAAUCCAAAUAAUAAAAAAACCAAAUUCAAAUUCAAGAGAAUGAUUUAAUUUUAUUUAUUCAGGAUGCUUAGAUUUAAAUAGAAAAAUUUUUAUAAGAACUUAAUAUUUCAUAAUAAUAAUUAUAGAAUUUUUGGAGGCUUAACAAUAAGCUAACAAUUAUAAAAGAUAAUGAAUUAUUAGAUUAAAAAAGGAAUGAAUUCUUCUUUGAUAUCAUUGAAUGGAAUAAAUUAUCAUUUCCUAAUGAUGAAUACCAUAAAGAAUUUAAGGAAUUACUUACUCAAUAGAAAUUUCAAACUCUUGAAGAUAUAUAAAAAUUUGACCUGAAAAUAUAAAACUAUAUAAAAAUGAUGAAAAUCUUAAAAGGUUAGAAUAUGCAGAAAGCUUAUAUUUUUUCAAAAUUAGAGUUCAAUAUCAAAUUUACUUUAGAAAUUAAAAAUAGUUAAGAGCAUAUAUAAUUAGACAAUAAUCAAAAAUAAGAAAUAUCAAUAAAUGAAUUGAUUUUGGAACAAAAAAAAGAUAUUGAAGCAUUUCUGUAAAAUGAUAUAAAAGAUAAAAGUGGUAUUCAGAAAAUACUUGAAUAAAUUUUAACCUUAAGAAAUAAAAUUAUAGUUAAUUUUGCUUCUUAAUAGAAUAGCUUAGAAUGUUCAGCUUUAAUUCUAUAAAAUAAACUUUAUAAUUUAUUUUAUCAAAUAAGUUUUUCUUCUUAGUAAGAUAUUGAAUAAUGCAAAAAGGAAAUAUUGGAGUAAUAUUAAAUAUUAAAUACUAUUGAAUAUUAGAACCCAAAAGAUCAAACUUAGACAUAAAAUGAUAUUAAAUAUAAAAACACAUAAGAUCAAAUUUAGAAUGAAGGUAAUGAGUAGAAUGAGUAUUUAAAACUGAUUUCCAAAAAAAUAAGCGAAUUGAAUAACUAAAUAAUAAUUAUUAACAAAAUUAUUGUUAAUAUGGAAGAAUUAUCUUAGUAUGUUCAUUAAAAUUGUAUGGGUUUUCAGUAUUUAACUGAAGAUCAUUUUCAAAAACAUUUCUUAGAUCAUCUUAAAUUAAUAAUUAAAGAACUUAUAAAUCAUUCAGAAUUAGAUAAAUUAUUAAAUGAAUUGAUUAACGAUAUUUCAGCUAAAUAAUAAAAUCAAGGAAAUUAAUUAAUAAAUAAAUAAAUCUUUACUUUAAAAGAUUUUGCUACUAUUUUUUGUUAGAAUUAGACAAUUUCAGAUAAAGCAGUUUAGAUAGAUAAAGACUACUAAGAAUUAUUGGAUAAUUUAGAAUAAGAAAUGAUAAUGGAACGAAAGAUCUAUGAUUUAAAUAAAGAUUAUAUAGUUCGUUAAUGUUUCCUCUUUCAUUUAAUAAAAAUUUAAUCUUAAGUCCCUGAAACAGAGUUAUUGCUGCUUUGUCAAGAAUAUUUAAGACGGAUAUGGAUGAUAGAAAAGGAUGAAAGUGUUAGAGCUUUUCUAAAAAAUAAAGAAAUAAUAGAAAUAUAAAAGUAACUAUUCUCUCAUAAUCUUAAAACUUUUUCUGCAAAUAUGAAAGAAGAGAUGAAUUAAAAAUUGAAGGAAAUGGAUGAUAUUGAAUAAGUAAUUCGCUUUGAAGGCAAUCCAUCUAAGAGAGAUGAAUUGUCAAAAUAAUUAUAGAACAAAUAUGAGGAAUUUGAAGAAUUUCUAGAUAAUAUUUCUGAAAUGUCUUAGUAAUUGGAUAUUUCUUUAAUCUUUUUAUAAGAACUUUAAAAAAAAAUAAAAUAAAUAAAAAAAAAUAUAGAUGAUCUUUAAGAAUCAAUAAAUGAGAUUGGAAAUGAUGUGAGAAAAUUAAGAGGAAAAAAAUAUGAAGAGUUGUUUAAGACUAUCUUUUCGAACUUGAUUCUGUAUACAUCCCAUUAAAAACAUAGGAGAUCAAUCCUGUUACAGGAUAAGCCUAAAGCACUCUAUCAGGUUAACCAUUUUCUGAGUUGCUUAUUGAAAACAUUAAAUAAAACAAAAUAGAAGGGAGGGAAGGAGAAGUUAAUUAAUUUAUCUAUGAUGAAUAAUUAAAAGAUGUUAUGUUGAUAAAAGGCCAAGCUGGUUCGGGUAAAAGUCGAGCAGCUAGAAAGAUUGAAGUGUAUCUAUGGAAACAAAAAUAAAUCGAAGAGGAUUGGAUACCAAUUUAUAUAUCAUUACCAUAAUUAAAAAACCCAAAGUUUGCUCUAUUAGAUCAAGCACUUGAAUCUGAAAAUUAUGGUUUUGAUAAGUUGUAAUUGAAAGAGUUUAAAGAAGCAAUUUAGAAUAAUAAGAUUAGAGUAGUGAUGAUUCUUGAUAGUUAUGAUGAAAUGAAGUAAGAUUGUAUAUAAUCCAAUUUAAUAUUAACAAAUAGAUUAAUAUAAGAUUUUACUUAAAUGGAUUAAGAAAUAAAGAAAAUAAAAUUUAUAAUAACAACUCGUAAAGAAAUAUUGACAAGUUUAGGAUAUUAAACAUGGUUUUAUGGUGAAAGUCUUUUUACAUUAAAAGAAAUCGAAAUCAUGAGUUUUGAUGAAAAACAAAAUGAGAGUUAUCUCAAACACUAUGUUAAAUUAAGUAUUAAAAGACGAAUUAAAUCAUCAUAUGAUUUUGUUAAGUAAAUUAAAAAAUAGAGUUUAGAUAUUAAUGAAUUUUUAGAGAUUUGGAAGAAUAUUUUAGAUUAAGUUGCUGAUGAAGAUGAAAUUAAUGAGAAUUCUAAUAUGUUACUAACGAAUUACCAAAUUGAGAAUAUUGUGGAAAUAUUAAAAAAAUAACCUGCAUUCCAAUAUGUUUAAGAUGAUUAGUUAAUGAUCUUAAAAAAAGAACUUAAGGAUUUAUGGAGUGCAGGGUUGUUUAAUAAAACUAUUCAAAAUCUAUCCAUUUAACAUUUCUUAUAGACUCCAUUUAUGCUUGAAAUAGUAGUUUAAACUCUUCCUAGUCUUUAAUAAAAAUAUAAAGAAACUCAUGAAAUUAAGGAAAUGUUCCAGAAAAACUAUCUAUUACUAAAAAGUAAGGAAAAUAAAUCAAAAAAGUUAUUAUCAAAAUUUAUAUAUAAAGAGUAACAAAAAGAACAAGUAAUUACAAAGGAAAAUAAAUUUAAUUAAAGUGAAACUGAGGAAGAAUAAGAGGAUCAAUAAAAUUUAAAAAGUCUAUAAAUCAUUGUUGAUUAAUUAGAAAGUUAACGAUUUUUUGAAAAUUAUUCAAUAACUGAUAUAUCUUAGAUAAAAAAUUAAAUAAUAAAUAUAAGUGACGAUGAUUUAAAAAUUUUGAUCGCUGCUUUGAAAAUGAAGGUAUUUACAAUUUAUGAAUUUUAUUAACACUUUAUAGAAUUUUAUCAUGAAUAAUAAAUAUAGAAACUUAGAUAAUUGGGAAAAGUUGAUAAUGUAGAUAGUUUUACUAUAGAUUUAUUAUAAUUUUCAGAGUCAUUAGCUAUAGAAAUGACAAUGAAUUAAACAACAUAAGUCAAUUAUGAGCAAAAAGGUAGGUUAAAAUUAAAAAAUCAUUAUUUUAACUAAAAUAAUGAAGAUGAUUGGAAAAUGCAUUAUUUUGAUGAUUUGGAAGAUGAAUAUAGAAAACUUGUAAGAAGUUCAGCAUUAAUUAAUGUGAAAGGGAAAAGCUAUACAUUUAAUCAUAAAUCUUUAUAAGAAUUUUAUGUAGCAAAACAUAUAAAUAAUUUAAUUGAUAAACUUGAAUUCAUUGACAAUAAUAAACUUACUGAAAAAAGUGUAAACUAUUUGGAAAUAUCAGUAUUUAAUAAGAAAGAAUUUAAUAUCUCUUAAGAAAAUUACCUUGGGUCUUUGAGCAUAUUAAAAGAAAAACUAAAACUUAAGAAUGAAAGUAAUCUUAAAUUAAUUUCUAUUGCUAAAUUAUCUGCAAAGGAAAUAUUUAAAGUAGCUUCUUCAAAUAGUUUUUGCUUAUUAAGUUUUUUAUAAGUGUAUAUAGGAGAGCAAGAUUUUUCAGGAAUACAGAUAGAAAAGACAACUCUUAAAGGAUUAUCUUUCUAUAAAAGCAUAUUAUAAUAAUCAAUUGUUAUUGAAGUAAUUAUUGAUUCUUGCCUAUUUGAUCAAGCUAAUUUGGAGAAGGCUAAAUGGACAAAUAUGAUAUGUUCUGAGAAACCAUUAUUAGAAGGACAUAAAGGUGGUGUUGUUGUAAUAUAAUAUUCAAAUGAUGGUAAAUUGAUAGCAAGUGGAGAUUCAGAAAAAGUUGUAAAAUUUUGGGAUAUUAUAACAUUUUAACAAGAAGGAGAGAUUAAUGAUAUUUCUGGUAUACCCUAAUUUUUAGUAUUCUCAGCUGAUGAUUAACUUUUAUUUGUAGGUGAUGAUACAAAUAUAAUUGAGUCAUGGUAGAUAAGUAAUCUAAAAGAGAUCAUAAAAUCAAAAUUUUUAAUUAAUAAAUAAGAAUAAAUCAUAUUAAUGCAAUUGUCAUCAAAUGAAAAAGAAUUAUUAGUUGUUGAUAGAAAGGGAUUAAUAUAAUUUUGGGAUGUCAAUUUAAUCAAAACAAAUCUCAAUGAAAAAGAUGGAUUCAUUCUUAAGAACUCUGACAGUUAAAUAAAAUUCAUUUCAUUUUUUAAGAAUGGUGAAAUGUUGGCUUCUGCAAGUGAAGACUAAAAAGUUACACUUUGGGAUGUCAUAGAAUAAAAAGUUUUAGCUACAAUUGAAAUAGAUUUUCCAAUUACUUUUUUAGCCAUCAAUUAAACAUCUGAAUUUCUUGUUUGUGUUUCUCAUACAUCAAAGUCUAAAAAAUUCUCUGUUUGGAAUAUUGAAAACAUUAAUUAACCUUAUUUACUACGUACUUCUUCUAAAUAUCGAAUUAAUAAUAUAUAAUUCACUACAGAUAAUUAGUAAUCAAUAGAAAAUCUAGGGGAUACAAUUUAAAUUUAAAAGAUUAGCAACAUAUGCAUAUAAGAAGAAUAUUUAUAAAUAAUUAAUUGUACUUGCAUAGAUUUCUCACCAGAUGAAAUUUUAAUAGCUACAAGUCAUUGGUAUGAAAUAUAACUUUGGUCAUUAGAAACAAAAACUCCAAUGAAUGAAUUCUAAAAUUAUUACACAGUUGAUACGCUUUUAUUCUUUGAAAAAGGAAAGAAGCUAUUAUGUGGAAAUUAUUUAAAUGGUAUUACACUUUGGUCAGUGGAAAAAUGUCAAUUUAUUUAUAUCUUUUCAAUUUCCUACACUCGAAAUAUAAGAAUAUCCAACAUUCAAAAUAUAACAAUAUCCUCUAACUCUGAUAGAAUGGCUAUUAAAAAUGGAAAAUCUAACGAAAUAGUAAUAAUAAGUUUAGAUCAACUCAAAUUUAACUCCUUUGCUUAUUAUCUAAAUGAGUAUGGCAUCUCUAUUUCAUAAAAUGAUUAAUUAUUUGUGUUUAAAAAAAUAAAUGGAGCAACGUAUGUUAGAAACUUAGAAAAUAAUCAGUAAAUUGAAUUCGAGAAUGGUAAGAAUAAUUUUGAAUAAUGUGUUUUUUCUCAUUAAUCAUCUCUUUUCGCAAGUUUUAAUAAGGAUUAAAAAUUACAAAUUUGGACCUAUGAAGGGGGGAAAUUUUCUCUAAAAUAUGAAAAACCAUUUGAUUACAAAAUUUCUUGUAUGAUAUUUUCUUUUGAUGAUAAAUAUUUGGCUAUGACAUCUGAGAAGAAUGUAUUAAUAAAAAUAUGGGAUUUUUCUGAAAAUUAAAUUUAUAAUUUAGAAGAAUCGAUUAAUUAAAAAAAGAAUGAUUUAUUUCCAGAUAUCUGCUUUUCUUGUGAUAGUUUAUAUGUUUCAUUCUUUAAUAAUGAUGAAAUAACAAUAUGGAAGUUCAUUUCUGACUAAACUGCUACUAUUUUUAAAGAUGAUAAUUCGACUGUUAGAAGUUUUGCAUCAUCUCCAAAAUAAAAUAUAUUUGCUACAUCUAGUAAUGAAUUUAUCAAAUUUUGGAAUUUUGAGACAUAAUAAUUAUUGCAUUCAUUUUUCACAGGGUAAUAGACUAAUUGCUUAUGUUUCACAUAUAAUGGAAAUUAUUUAAUUAGUGCAGGAAGCAUUGUGAAACUAUGGGACAUAUCAAAUUUUCCCUAAAUCAAAUUAUGUGCUGCCACAUAAUCUAGAUGCAUCCUUGAUGUAACAAGAAUCUGUUGCUUACAUCAAACAUAAGGUAUUUUACUUAGUUGUGCAUUAAAUAGUGAAGUGAUUUAAUUUGACUAGUUUAAAUUUUUAGGAGUAUUAGAGGGUUCGGGUUAAUCAUGGAUUCAAUGCUAAUUUUCAGCUGAUAGUCGGGUUUUAGUUGGUGGAAUAGGUAAAAAAGUUGUAACAUGGAAAAAUGAUAAACACUAUGAAAUUGAAUCCAGUUUUGAAUUUCCUGAUAUUGUUUAGUCAAAAAAAGAAUCAUCUUAUUUUUUACUUUCGUUACAUAUCAUUAUUAAUUCAACUAGAUUAUUUUUAACAAAUUAAAAUUUUAUUUGUUUGCAUAACAAUUGUUAAUACUAAGAAUUUUCAUCUGAUAAUAAAUUUUCUUUAUCACCUUUAAAAAACACAAUAUCAUUGAGUCAAUUGAGUAUUGUUAAGAUUAAGAAAGACUUGUUGUAGCUAUUUCAUCUGGAAUAUAUAUUUUGAAUGUCAAAUCAAGCAAUUUAUUUGAAAUAAUUCCAAAUUUGAAAUCAGCAUACAAUGCCAAAAUGUUUUAAAAUGAUAAAUAUCUUUUUACAACAUAAUAUGAAUCUGUUAAAAUUUGGAGAAAAGAAGAAGAUAAUCAAUUCACUUUAAUUGACUAUUACAAUAUUAAUAAUUGGGCAAACAAUGUUUUUUUUUCAUAGGAUGGAAAAUAUAUAGCAAAACGAGACCAUUCUUAUGACUCAUUUAUAGUUUAUCCUAUAGAUUUGAUUAGUAAAAAAAGAUUUAUCUUUACUAAAGAUUAAAGUACAAUAAGGAUAUCAAAUAACUCACAAUAUUUAUUAUAAGGGAAUUAUUAACUUUCUAAAUUAUCUAAUUAUGAAUCAGGUUUUACUAUUGAAGAAUUCAGUGAUUUAGGAUAUUUUGAGUUUUGCCCAGAUAAUGAAAAUAUAGUCUUCCAAAAUGACGAAAAUUUUACAUUAUACAACAUCAAAUCAAAACAAAUUAUUUAUUAACUUAAAAAAGAUAAAUAUUUAUAAUAAAAAGAUUUGUCUUAAUUUUCGGUUUCAUUUAUAAAUUAUGACAAGAUGUUAGUAUUAGCAUCUGAAUAGAUAAUUCUUCUAAAUAUAGCAGAUAUUAAUAAAACUGAAUUAAUUGGAGUAAUACAAGAUAAAAUAACUUCUGUUCAUCCUAAAACAUCAUCUAAAUAUCUUGCUUCAAAAGUGGGUGAGAAUUCUAUUUAAAUAACUGAUAUGAUUAAAAGAAAAUUUAUUAAAUCAAUAAAAAUAAAUAUCCCUUGUGAUUCUAAUUUGAAAGAUUUAGUUAUUUUAUAAAAUGAUUCAAAAGUAGCUUAUAUAUUAGAUAAAUAAUUUAUAGUAAAGAAUUUGAUUGAUGAUAAAAUAGAAAAUAAUUAUUGUGACACUAAAGAUUGUGAUAAAAUAGCAAUUUCAAAAGAUAGAAAAAAUUUAAUAUUUUCUUCGGGUAACCAAAUCUAUUAUUAUGAAAAAAUAAAUCAUUAAGAGUUCAAUAAAUUGGAAGAGAGUAUUUAAUUCUUAAAUUUUUCAUUCUCUUCAGAUUCAAAAUAUUUAGCAGGAUUUGGAACUAAUAAAAAAAUAUAUUUUUGGAACUUUAAGGCAAGAAAAGUGAUGGCUAAAUUCUAAGGACAUUCAGAAAAAGUUAAUGUAGUUUAAAUUUCUUAAGAUAAUUCAACAUUAGCAUCUUGUGAUGAUAAAUCGGUAAGAUUAUGGAAUUUAAAUGCUAACUUUAACAGGAUAGCUUAGGAUGGACAUGAGAAUAAUAUUAGCAAUAUAAUAUUUUCAGCAGAUAGUUUGGUAUUAUAUUCUGGAGGAGCUUUAGAUUAAACUAUCAUACUAUGGGAUAUAUAAAAUAAGGCCCGAAUAAUAUCAAAGACUUUUGAUUAACCAAUAACCUCUUUUUCAAUUACACAUAAUUAAGAGUGUCUAAUUAUAACACAAGGAGGAAUAAUUUAAUUUUGGAAUAUUUAAUUUAAUUAAGUAUUUUAGAAAUCUAAAUUUGAGAUCAAACCUGGAGGAUGCUACUCUAAUAAUUUAAAAAUAAAAGGAAAAAUUCAACAAAUUUAAUUUUUAUCAAAUGAUAAAUAAUUUAUUACUUUAUCCUAGUUUACAAAUAAAUAGUAAACUAAUUAAGAAUAAUAUUUUUCUUUAGCAGAGAUCUGGGAGAGAUAGGAUUAAAUUGAUGAGCAAGCCAUUUUAUAUGAAUAUGAUGAAAUUGAAAUAGGGCUUUACUAAAUCUCAUAAGAUUUUAAAUAUAUAUGCUCUUUAGACUCUCAAAAUGAAUUAACUUUAGGUGAGUUAUUUUUAGAAUCUAAACCAAAUUUGAAAAAGUUGAAAUAGUAUAACAAUGAUAAAAUCAUUAAUCUUCUCUUUUCAAAUGAUUCUAAAAUAUUAUCAUCUGUUGAUAGUUAAAUUGUAGUAUUUAGAAUUUUAGACUGUGAUAAAUUACUUUGUAGUCUUAAUAUCAACAUUCAACCGGAUAAUUUUUUUCAAUAUUUUACAGAUGAUGACAAAUUCUAUUAUACAUAAUUUUAGAAUUAAAUUUAUUUGUGGGAUGUUAAUCAUUUAGUAAAAGAUCAAAAUUUUUAAAUUUCUCAAUUAGAAUUGGAUUUAAAAAAUGUUGAUAUUCAUUAUUUUGCAAUAUCUCAUCAUCUAAAGCAUUUAGUAAUUGGACUUAAUGAUAGUCAAAAUAAUAAUAUUUUAAGGGUAGUGGAAUUAAAUUCAAUGAAAAUAUUAUAAAAUAUUCAUUAAAAUAGUAAAAUAUAACUAUUACUAUUUUCUGAUGAUGAUAUGCUUUUGGCAGUAGCUAAUGAAUUAAAUGAAAUAUUAAUUUAUGAAAUAGAUCAAUUUUCAAUAAAGCAUUCUUUUCAAUGCCAUUAAGCUUAAAUACUUAAGAUAUAGUUCUUCUUUUAUUAAGAACCGUAUGAGAUAGAAAAUAAUAAUGAACCUUAAUAAAUUGAUAAUUUAGAUGAAGAAAUUAAUUAAACUAAAACCAUUGAAUAAUAAAUUCUUGAUGGUCAGCCUAAUUAAAUUUAAAACAUUAAAGAAAAGAAAAAGAAUAUAAUUUAUAAAUCAAUUUUAAGUUUAAUAUCUUUUGAUAAAGAUUAUUCCAUUGUCAUAAAUUAUUUGGAUAAUAUAAAUACUCAAAAUUAGGCAUUAUAGUUACCUAACAGAUCUGACAGUGAAAUUUAAUAAGUUGUAUUUACUAAAGAUAUACAGACACUUGCUGUAAUUACAUAUCAUAAAAAUAAGAAUUUCUAGUGCGUUAUUUAUAAUUGGAUUUAAAAUAAGUAUAAUUAAAAAGAAAAAAUUAGUGAUUGUUAGAUUGGUGAUUUUUGUUUUGAUCAGAAUUAUUUUGUUUAUUGUAAUUAGAGAGCAGAAUUAUACUUAUUAAAUUUAUAAAAGAGUCAAGAGAUUAAAAUUAAUAUGAAUAUUACUUACUCAAAUGAGCCAUUUAAUUUUCUUAAAAUAAGUUCAAAAUCAAUUGUAUUUGCAGGAAAUAAUUAAUAUAUGUUUUGUUGGAAAUGCUGCAAAGAAGAAUAUAAUGUACAAUUAAUAUUGUUAAAGAAAAUAGAAUAUAAUAAUUUUAAUUACUCAUCAAUGUUUUUGAGAUUGGAUUUUCAGAUAUUUUGUUUAAAUAAUAAUAAAAUUAUAAACUUAGAUUUUUUAAAUACAGUAGAAAAACUAAAAUCAUGUCUUAUUUAUAACUCUGGGCAUUGGGAUAAAUUUUUAUUUACAGACUGUAGUUUUUCAUCGGAUCUUUCAUUAUGUGUAAGUGUAGGAAAUAAUGCUGUUACAAGGGUAUAGGAUAAACUUUUAAUCUUAUGGAAUGUUAGAACCUUAAAACAUUAAACCUUUUGGCACACAAAAACUGAAUAUAGACAAGAAUUUAAAGAGAAUGGAAAGAAAUAGUUAUCAGUUGUUACUGAAAUAUUUACUGCUGUUGCGGUGUUUAUUCCUCAUAAAAAAAUUAUUAUUUCAAAUAACGAAGGCAAUAUUUAAUUUAGGGAUUGCCAAGAUUUUGAUUCUAUAAAAAUAAUAGAAACUCUCAAAAAUGAAAAUAAAAUUGAAAAUUUGUUAGUCUCCAAAGAUGGAAAAUUGUUAAUAUCAAUUUGUAAAGUUGGUAUUUUCAAGCUUUGGAACAUCAGCAAAAUAAAUUAAAUUACUCUAUAACGAGUCAUUUAUUAUGAAAAAGAGUUAGUUCAUUAUAGAUUUACAAAAGAUAUGUGUUGUUAUAGUCUUUAUCAAAGAAAGGGAGAGAAAAAAUACUAUUUGGAAUAACUCAAUCUCACGAAAUAUCCAGUUAUCUACAUCUUUUAAUCAUUGUAGUUUUUCAUUGCAUUUACAGUUAUGUAAUAAGAAACUAUUAUCGCAUUUGGAGGAGAAUAAUUGGUCCUUUGGAAUUAUAAGAGUAACCAAAAUAAAAUUAUAAUUGAAAAUAAUAAUGAAUUAUUUUCUUAAAUAGUUUUUGGAAAUAAUAUUAAUAAUCUAGCGGCUGCAAAAGGUUGUAUCAUUUAUUUAAUUAAAGAAGUAACUGAAGCUUUGAACUAUACUUCAAUUUCAGAAUUAAAAGGACAUUAAAGUGAAAUAGUAUGUUUAUCUAUCCUGCAUGAUAAUUAAAUGAUUGUAUCUGGUUCAUAAGAUAAAACUAUUAGAUUUUGGAGCAUUUAAUAAUUAGCCACUGUUUAUAUCCUGAAGGGCUUUAUUGAAAUUAUUUCAAAGAUAACCUUAUCCCCUAAUUGUAAAGAUAUGGCUGUGGCUCUUGAAGAUGGAUCUAUCAGACUCUUUGAACUUAAGUUUCCGGAGAAUAUCCAUGAGGUUAAAUUAGAUGAAAUCAAUAAUUAAAGUGAUUAUGUCCAUUGUUACAAGGUCUUUGGAAGAUAAUGUUUGAUAUCUGCAAAAAAUUGUAUUUUAUCAGAUACAGUAAUAGAACAAGGUGGUAAGUCAUUAGAAGCUUUAUUUCUUUAGAAAGCAGCCAAGAAAGAAGACAUGAAAGUAUCUAUUAUUAAUAAUAAAUGA